AUCUCCAAAUAUGUUGGAAAAAGCAAAUUGAUAGUGUUUCCUAAAGCAUUUGAAGAGUCUGACCCAAAGAAGCUAUAUAAAUUCUAUUCAUCACUGUUCGACGAACUGCCUCCGCGGUGGAGCAAAAUCAUCAGAUUUCUGGAUCCUUCGCAAAAGACUGAUCCUCUCAGUAACUCCAUAAAGAAUUUGAAGUACCACAAACAUCCAGUCCAGCUGUUUAAUGCAUUCGCUGAUAUAGAAGGAAAUAUGGAGAAAUGUGGAUUACUCGAAAAUAAGUACGAAAUUGAAGUGCUGAGAAGCGCAAUGAAAAGCAAGUCUUUGAAAAAGAUUGAAGGGAGCUUUGAAAAAAACAAAAAUCCGUACUACAAGGAGUUGUCUCCCUUCUUUCUCUCUGAGUUGAAAUUGCAGAUCAAACACAACGUGGUAGAAAAGUACUGGUACCGUUUGGCUGGCUCUUCCGUAUGGCUUGAAGAAUAUGGCGUCCACUUCAUGAUAUCCAGAGUCUUGUACAGUCCUAAAGGGAUCAGAAACCAACCGACAAUAUCGUUGACGUAUGCACAACUUUAUGAUAAAGACUGGAAUGAAAUGGUCAACACGCGAUUAGUUGUUCCAUCCAAUAAUAUGCGCAAGCCCGAUCUCGAGGAAAACAUCAUCCCUGAUCCACCUUCUAAGAAAGUUUUGGAUUUCCCCAGCUUUCUUCCGAUUCCAUUCUGGCACGAUUACGACAAUACUGUAGGUAAAUACUAUGGUCCCGAAGACCCUCGAAUCAUAUUGGUGAAUAACAAAUUGGGCUACCAAGAGCCUCUUAUAGUGUUUAAUGCUUAUCACCGUAAGUUGGCUCUUUUUGAUGACGAUCUAGACGAUAGGCUUUUAAUGAAAAUCAAGUUCUACAGAUCCAUGUUCAUCUGUUGGCCCUGGCAGUUCCAGCGAGGUAAAGAGAAUGUAGAUGGAAUGCCUGAUCCAGAGUAUGAUGAGCAUUUCUACAAUAGAGUUACAGAACUACAGAUCAAGAAUUUACCACGUCAAACGACACAGAAGAACUGGACACCGCUUGUAAGUGAAAUGGAAAGAAGAACUCACUCUUCAGGUUCAUUUGUAUAUGAUACUCAUAUCAAUUUUAUCUAUAGAUGGGCCAACUUGGAGAUGUUGAGAUGUAACUUAGAAAGCGGUGUAUGUGGCUUCACCUAUAGGCUCAACGAUAGAUUGGCACCGCGUUCGUCUGUUGGACCAUUGAGAGGAGGAACUCAAUUGAUAAACAUCAAUAACUUGAUUAGGUCCCAACUUUCAGAGUUCAAUAUGGAGACAAUAUUACCCAAUAAUAGGGAGAUUUGGUUAGGUUUUGCAAGAGCUCACUUGGAUAGAUGUGGCUGUGGAAGUGUGAUGUAUCGUCCUAACUUGGUAAUUGUAACCAUGCACAGAGAUUUCUAUAAGCUCAGUCAUGUGAGUUCAUCGAUUUCGUUUGAUAUGCCAGUUCUUGGUUGGGAUUUAUCCAAUCCACGAAUUCUCUGUACUGGAGCAAAUAUCUUGAUUCCCAAUGGGAUUUCUUCGUGGAAUUUAAAGUCGUUGACGGCGGAUGGAAAUGGAGGUUGGACAGCAGAUGAUUAUAUGACAAUAUCCUUGUCUGUUGGAGACUUCACUGUUCAUAAGAUUAACAUCAAGGGCUUACUAAAUGAAGUUUUCAAAUUAAAUGACGUACUUGAUAUGAAAAAGGCUCUAAGCAAUUUGCAGAUUCCUGAUCCUAUAAAUGCUAGUGAUCAAUGUCCAUUCCAAGGAUUCAAUAACGACAAUGUCAUCUGUGCAAUGCAGAGCUCCAGGGACUUCUGUAUGGAUUAUGGCUUUGAACAGGUCAAG